UCCCUUGGCUGAUUGACGUUGGAAUAGCGGAUAGUAAUCGGGUACUGAUGGUGGUUGUUAACCUUCUGAAAGGCAGCACUGCUCUGCUUCGAACCUACGGCGGCGGCGGCUGCACAUCCUUUCGCUGCCAAAUCAAACCGAACAGAAAUUGGGAUUUCUUAAAGUGGAAAAACCGACCCCUUUCGCAAUCCCCUCUCCGUAUCUCCCUUCGCAGCUGCAAAUGCACAUCAGCACCUAUCGAUUCUUCUUCUUCGUCUGUUAUCCAAGAAACAGCAUCCUCUCCCGCUGGUGCCGGUGACGAUGUCGUCGAUAUGUCGGUAAUGAAGGAUUCAGCCAACACGCUGGACAUGAGGGUUGGCGUAAUAGUAAAAGCGUGGAGACACGAGGAGGCCGAUUCCCUUUAUGUGGAAGAGGUCGACAUUGGUGAGCCACAACCCAGAAUCAUCUGCAGCGGUCUUGUCAAUUAUGUUCCUCUUGACCAUCUUCAGGACAGGAAGGUAGUUGUGCUUGCUAAUCUGAAGCCAAGGAACAUGCGUGGUGUCAAGUCAUCCGGGAUGCUUAUGGCUGCUUCUGAUGCAUCACAUGAGAAUGUGGAGCUUCUUGUGCCUCCUGAGGGUUCAACUCCAGGUGAAAGGAUAUGGUUUGGCUCUGCAGAAGAAAAAGAGAACCUGCCUGAUGCUGCCUCCCCGAACCAGAUCCAGAAGAAGAAGAUAUGGGAAUUGGUGCAGCCACAUCUAAAGACUGAUGCUUAUUGUGUUGCUGCACUUGGGGGGCAUGUCAUGCGAACGUCAGAAGGUGUGGUUUCAUGCAGAUCUCUGAGAAAUGCAAACGUAUCAUAAUCGAACUUAGAUCUUCAUCCAUUUUGACUUUUGAACGUAGUCUUCUAACCUUGCUUAGUGUGAUUUUUGACCUAUUCAUGGAAUAGUUUGUAUUGUUUAGCAUUUUCCUACGUUCAAAUGGUCCAAAUUUGUUGGCUGAUCUUUCAAUUUUAUUGUAAAACAUGGGAUGGAGUUGCUUUGUAUUACCCUUGGUCGGUUGGUAGUUCUUCAAUAAACAAUGAGGCUUCUUAUUUA